UCCUCCUAAGCACCAUCCAAAUUCCCCGCGAAGCUUAUCCCAAACAAGCCUCCGCCCGCGCACAGACCCAUCCCGCACCGCCGAUCACUCGAGCUGCAUUCCCGCCAUCCCUCUCGUGUGACACACGACAUAAAGGACGCCGCCCGGUUCUCCUCUCAUCCCACCACAGCCAUUCCAUCCACACCACCUUCGUUUUCUCCCUAGCACCCACCCUCCACACCGGGCCGACUGACUGACCAAGUCAAUGCGCACGCGAGCGAGCUCCGCAUAGCCAGUUAAUCAAGACUAAAUGCCGCCCCCCCUUCCGCCAUGAAGGGAAAGCUGCUCGGCCUCCUCCCCAGCAUCCGCUGGAUCCCGCACGACCUGCCCUCGGCGCAGGAAUCCCACAAGGCGAAGCACCACCGGACGAUCUUCUCGCGCCGCGCCACCACCGCAGAGCCCGACCACGGCGCGCCGCCGCGCCGCAAGUCGACGCUAUCGCUGAACGAGAUGCCGGACGCGGAAGUAGACGCGCGCACGCACGCGCAGGGCCAGAGCGCGUUCUUCGCGCGCCUGCCGCUCGAGGUGCGCAAGAUGGUGUAUGAGUUCGUCAUGGGCGCGGAGACGGUGCAUUUGACGCUGGGCGCGAAGCGGCGGUUUGGGCAUUUUGUGUACACCGAAGCAGUGCCGCACCUAUACAACCCGCACACCUUCUCCCUCCUCCACAUAACGCACCUGCUCUACCUGCCCAGCCGCCUCCCGCAGCCGCGCCUCAACGCCAUGCGCACUCUGCGCCUCCGCUGGACCGUCCGCGCACUGCCCUACUUCCGCCGCACCAGCAACGCCAAACACUACGCCUACCCCGAGGACACGGCGAACUGGGAGAAGGCAUGGGAGAUACUGGCGGGGAUGGAGGGACUGAAGGAUCUGCGCGUGGUGCUGCUGGAUCCGAGUAGAGACGGCAUCUGGGAAGGGCAUUGGCUAGAAUUAGAACACCUGUUGUUGGAGCCGGUGAAGAAGGUGGUGAGGCCGAGGUGCUUUGAGAUUAUGCUGCCGUAUGCGACGUGUGGGCUGGACUGGGAUAUGGGGGAGAGCAGGUGCGUGUUGCGGAGGCCGGAAGGGGAGGAAGAUGGGGAGGAUUGAGAAGGACAUAGCGGACGGAGGCGUGAUUGUAAUCUACAAUGGUGAUUCAUUCAGCAUGAAAAGCUGUUCAUAGUGAUACCCUCGAACAAGGCCGUU